GGAGGAGUGACGCGGACCAAUCAGGGAAUUUGUUUUGACCUGAGUGUUGAGGCCGAGCAUGGAGGAUCACUUCACGUGAGGAUGUCUCUAGUCAAGCAACGCUAAAAGGCGCCAUGGGGCUUAUUAUAUCCAGAUUUCGGAAACAAAAGUCAACAAAAGAAUUGCUUGAACAGAUUCAGAAGGAUGUGGCAGAGAUCGAGGAGUACCGGGAGACGACAGAGCAGCGGCAGAAGAGGCUGGUGGGGAGCCUCGUUCUUUACUCCAUCGUCCUUUACUUGAUGGCUGCUGUCAUUUUCUACUUCUACUACUUUCCUGACACAUUACAGGAGAAGUUGUUGUAUGCCACCCCAUUUAUUUUCUUCAUCUUCUUAAUCUACACCCUAAAGAGACUGCUGACUUGGUAUUAUCGGCGGAAGAUUUCUAAGAAUGAAGAAAAGUUGAAGAUUCUCCACGAGAGAAGAGAGAAGAUCUUAGAGCAGGUGAUGGAGACUGAAACAUAUAAGGUGGCCAAGGAGAUACUGGAAUUGUAUGCGCCUGACCAGCUGCGCAGAACUCAGAUGCUGAAAACACCAGCACCUUUACCAUCUGUGAGCCAGAUUGCACCAACUCCUGUCAGCCAGCAUUCAGAAGUUCGAAGAAGAGUGGUGGGUUCAGCCCAGACUCCUCUACCUAUGCCUCAGGGAAGUAUUGGAGUACGGCCCCUGGGUCCCCAGGUAUUACCGCACCAGACCACCACCUUCACCCCCAGACCACUGAUGACUUCUCAGCCAACACCUGCUAGACCAGUUGGUGAUAAUGCAGGUCUAGUUGGCAUGAGCACAGUAAGGUCGACAUCACUGGGAGCAGGUGGUGGAUCUGUAGUCCCUGGGCUGCCACUAACAGGUCUCCCUGUUGGUGGUGUCACUCCUACUCCCUACACCACACCAGCUUCCUCCCUCCACUCAGUUGCUCAAACUCCCAGUAUUGUGAGGAAUGAUGGUGCACCUCCAGGGCCACCUAUGCCACGGCCGGUGUUGCCGCGAGAGCGAGGCUACCUUGAUCGCUUCGUAGAAUACUUGGUGGGUGAUGGACCUGCCAACCGCUUUGCCUUAGUGUGUCGUCAGUGCGAGUCUCACAACGGGAUGGCCCUUAAGGAUGAGUUUCCUUAUCUUGCAUUCAGGUGUGCCUAUUGCUUUUACUGGAAUCCUGCGCGAAAGCAACGUCCCUCUGCUCCACGCCUGGAAAAUCUUGCCCCUCUGCGGCCUCCGUCACUACCUAUUAAUGAGGACCAAGAGGAUGAUGAUGAGCAGGAGUCCUCAUCAAGUGAAGAGGAGGAUGAGGAUGAGGAGGUAGAGGAUGAGGAGGGAGGUGUGGAGGAUGAAGAAUCUGGAAGCAGCAGCUCUGCUGAGGAUGAUGAUGAGGAAGGUGUGGUUUCAUCUGAAGUUUCCAGCACUAAGGCUACGUCCAGCCAGGAAGGUGUGUGUCGUCCCCAACAAGCAGGUUCACUAGAGGAUGUGGCAAAGUCGACUCCUUCAUCUGAACCCAGUACAUCGGAUGACCAUCAGCACUGUGAGACUGACCCCUCACCCAUCACCAACCAUGCUCCUUCAUCGACGUCCUCUUCUACCAUGCCAGCUUUCACUACAGAGGCAGAAGAAACUGAUUGAUGUUGCGUAAUGUGUUCACAUGGCCAGAGUCAAGAGAUUGUAGUGUAUAAGUCAGGACUUGUUAAUGCCCCCACUUAGUCAUGUUCUAGUUUUGCUGUACCCUGUGAACAUUGCAUACUUUUGUUGCUAUAUCUUGUGCACAUUGUAUACCAGUUUUGCAUACAUUUGUUGCUGCAUCAUACACUCCCUGCACAUGUUAAGACUUGCAAACACAUUGUACACGUUUUGUCUUGAGUGUCCUCUUUCUCUCUCAAGUAGUGUAUGCAUGUCUCUGCUUUGCGCAAACACCUCUAUUCACGUGUUUAUUCGAACUGCUUUUGUAUUGGUCUACUCUUGGUAAUUUAUAUUUUACUUGUCAAGUUUAUGACCUUACCUUGAUUUUUCACUUUCCCCUCUUACCCCUUUUUUCUCUCCUCCCUGUUCUUUCCCUAAUUUCCACAUGUUGUGUUCACAGUUGAGUCUGGGCACAUGUUUAGUUUUUGUUUAACAGGUUUAAUUAUCUACUUACCUGUGUACCUAUUGAUACUUAACUUGUACAACACAAAAUAAUUUACUUCUGUCUGUAAGUUUGCAGUGUGUGUAUGUUUCUCUCUCACAUCACUCACAUGCACACACAACGUGAACACGUGCACGCACACAAACUGUGGCUUAACCUCUGCAACUACGGUGAGUACAUGUAUGCACGCGCACAUGCAUACACACCACACGUGCACGCACAUGCACACCACACGUGCAUGCACAUGCACACUUACACACGUACAUACAAUGUGCCCCUGCAGCCUCUGUUCUGAGCUGCUGUGUUUGGACUCUAUCAUACCUCAGUGAUAUUUAUAACUUAAUAAGUUUAUAAGGAAUAGGAAGAAUGUGGACCUAAUUUUAUUUACAAUUUACUUUUGCAUAUUGACAUACAUUUUUUCUGUAAUAUAAGGUAGACUGAGUGCUUAA